AUGUAUGCCACGCAUCCUGCUUUCCAGUACAACCGCCAAGAUACUGCUCGGGACGGGGUCACCUCGUUCCUACGCGGGAUAUCCAAACCGCACCCGCCGCCUCCUUUCCCUCCUCUCCUCUUCCCCGGCGGCACCAGUCCGUCAAAGGUCAUGCCGGGGUACACCGGCCCAUCAAACGGCAUCAUGCCGUCCACCGGAACCCCGGCAUCUCCUCCAGCCGGCGUCAUAAAGACGGGCGCCUGCGCCGGUCUGUUCCUCCGUCGCCUCCUUUCCCUCUCCCUCUCCCUAUCCCGUCCCGCGUACGGUGGCGGCCUCCGCCGGGCCGUCCUCGCCAUGGUUCUUCUCAUCAUUCUCUGCCUAGCUCUUCGUCGUCGUCUUCUCCAGGCGGCCGCCGUCGCGCCGCAGCUGGCGUUCGGACACCGCCGGGCGCGGGCGCAGGCGCAGGCGCGGUGGCGACGGUGCCCGCCGAGAGCGGCGGCGGCGGCGGCGGCGGCGGCGGUUGUGGCGGUAGUAGUGUGCGGAAGGGCGGGCCCGCGCCUCCAGUAG